AUGUCUUCUGUUGACGGUCCUCAAAGCUCAGAUAACUUCGCCUUUCUCCCCCUCACUUUGUGGGAUAACCUAUCGCAUCAAGGCUUGACGAAAGCCUGGUUGGUCGAGGGUAUUCUCGACCCUAAAAAGAUCGAGGAAGCCUUGGACAGAGUUGUCGCAAAAUGGCCUGUACUGGCAGGUCGAGUUGAGGUUACUGGGAAAAAGAGAUACCAAAUGAAAAUCCCACUCGGAACCCUCCCUCCUGACUACAAAGCCUACAUCGUGACCUCGACCACCUCGGACGUGCCACUAUCCCACUACGUCAAGGUUCCGCUUGCUCCCGUCACCAAGUUCCCUCCUGCCGACCUGUUUGUAACCAAAGAACGCGCACAGAUGAACACUCUCGACGCCUACGCUGCACAGUCGGCACCCUUCACUCACUGGCAUCUGACCCACUUCAAACAACCUGGGGAGGAGUUUACUUGCUUGGGUGUCAACUACUCCCAUGGAAUUCUCGACGGAGUUGGCUUUGGGAUGGUUAUGCAUGCGUUCCAAGCAGAGCUUUCGGGAACCGAGUGGGACGCUCCCCCUCUUCCUUCACCGGGGCUGAACGAGAACGUGUUUGGGACGGUGAUGGAGAGGGAGUACCAGAAGUUUAAGCAACAAUCGACGCGAGAACCCUACCCGAAUUGGCGCGUCGCGGGCUUUGGUGGGCUGCUCGUGUUCUUGGCCAAGAGUUUCUGGCAUAAUUGGAGAUACGGGGUUGGCGAUUACAACUUUGUCAUUCCAUUCUCGGUGCACACUAAACUCGUGAAGGAGGCCAGGAGGGCGUUGGAGGAGGAAGGAGUUACUGAUAUUCGACCGUCAGGAGGCGAUAUCAUGACCUCCUGGCUGAUGCAGGCGACUUUCAUGGAUGGCGGUGAUUCCAGACGCCUGAUUGGUCUCCAAAAUGUCGGUUCACUCCGCGACGAGUGGGACCGUCAGUUCAAACAAUAUCCUCACAACUGUUGCACAACUCUUCGGUGUCCCCCAAUCUCCGUCCACGACCUCACAACCCUCCCUGUGCAUCAAAUCGCGUACAAGGUGGCCCAUGCCCGCGUUCAUGGAAAUCGAAUCGCCGACGCUGUAGCGCAGUACGACCUUCUACAUGAAGCAGACCGAACGUCAGGUUUCCCGUUACCAGUCCACGGGGCAGCAGAUGACCACUUUAUCAUGUCGAAUGUCUCCGUCGCUCGUAUCUCUGAACUCAACUUCAGAGGAGCGGGAGGAGGGCCCGUUCUUUGCCACUACAAGUACUUCCCGGAGUCUCCGUUCACGCUGACCAAUAUGUUUGGUAACAACGGGAGGUUGGAGAACGGUGAUCUGAUUGUGAACGCGACUAUCGACAAUCCCAGAGCGUCCCGAUUGGAGUCCGAGCUUCAGAAGCUCAUAGAGCGCUUCAAGGAGUGA